GUACUAUCUCAAGUAGUUCAUCAUACUACGAUGAAGAUGAAGAAGAUGAUUACAAUUGGAAUUUGAAAUCAAUCUUAAAGAAGAACCACAGCAAAGAAGAUGAAGAAGAUGAAGAUUAUUUAUGCAUUUCUGAUUUAAGACAUCAUCAACAAAGAAAGAAAGUAUCAUUCAAUUACAUUGUUAAUACUAGAGAAAUCAUUAAUGGUAUCUCUGUUGAUUAUGAUUUCUUAGAUCAUGAUUGUUUGUAA